CUCUGCGGCGGCCUCGGAGCCACGUGACGAGCUUCUCCGCGUGUCACCGUCAGGUGACUCGGGGAAGAUGGCCGCGUUGACUGUGGAGAACUUCGCCGCGCUCCAGAGCCUGCUGAAGGCCUCCUCAAAAGAUGUUGUCAGACAGCUGUGCCAAGAGAGCUUUUCCAGUUCAGCUGUUGGCUCAAAAAAACUCUUGGAUAUGACAUGUUCCAGCUUGUCUGUGACCCAGGAGGAAGCAGAGCAGCUGCUCCAGGCUCUGCACCGCCUCACCAGGCUGGCCGUGUUCCGUGACCUGUCCUCUGCCGAGGCGAUCCUGGCUCUCUUUCCUGAAAAUUUCCACCAAAACCUCAAAAACCUGCUGACGAAAAUCAUCCUGGAACACAUCUCCACUUGGCGAACUGAAGCCCAAGCAAAUCAGAUCUCUCUGCCACGCCUAGUCGACCUGGACUGGAGAGUGGACAUCAAAACCUCCUCUGACAGCGUCAGCCGCAUGGCCGUCCCCACCUGCCUGCUCCAGAUGAAGAUCCAGGAAGAUCCUAGUCUGUGUGGAGACAAGCCCUCCGUCUCGGCUGUCACCGUGGAGCUGAGUAAGGAAACGCUGGACACUAUGCUGGACGGGCUGGGCCGCAUCCGAGACCAGCUUUCCGCCGUGGCCAACAAAUGACCCCAGCCAGCCGUUGCCCCCACUGCGGGGUCCCAGCUGCCGGCCAGCGGCGGAGCGCCUCCCGGCCAUCCCUGUAGCGGCAGCUGUGGCCGACGGCAGGCCGGCCGGUUGGGUCGGGGAGGGGGUUGCCAUCCAGAAGGCACCGCUGGAUUGGGAGGAAGCGGCUGCGCCCCCACGCUGUUCUCGUCACUCAUUAUCUUCGCCUCUUUCCGAGGCAGAAGCCUCCGUCGCCGGAAGACUUAAUCGCCGCCGGAGCUGUGUGAGGGGGCAUCUGCCUCAGCAGCUGCGCGUGUGGCUGCUUGGAAAAUCCGGCCCCGUUGUGGAGCUCAUCUGACGAGUUCCUUCCCAGCAGCAGGUGUGACUCACGCGUUGGCAGCCCUGGAACACAGGGCGGUGACCCGCAGUUCCGCCCCUCCGUCAGGGAAGCUGGCCGGGUCCCCAGAGCAGGGCCACCUCGGUAUGCUCCGCCCCGGCCUAUGCUCAGAGCCCUCCCGAGCCCCCUCAACCCUGCUGGCCCUCCUUCCAGCGUAGGGAGUCUGAGAUGGCUGCUCGUCUCCUCCCUCGCACAGCCAGAGGGCCCUUCCUUGGUAUCGUGCCGCCGUUCCAGGCUACAGACGUGGGAAUGACUGGAAAUAAAUAACAGUUCUGAAAACUUCA